GCGAAAGUCUAAGAACUUGAACAUUUUCCGCCUGAUAUUGUCUCUUGCAGCAUGAAGAUUUUCCCUUUACGAGGAAUUUGAAAUUUUAUUAGAGUUUGGAAUGGCAGAGCCAACCUAAAACGACAUGAAUACUUCAGGUGAAAAUCCAGACUGACCUCCCAAAAAGGUGGAACCGUCGACCCAGCAAAUUCUGGAAUAUUGAGAAGGACGAUGGAUGGAGCUACUGAUAUCGGGAACGCCGAAAAUGUUUUUGUUCUUGUUAUACACUACAAUAAAACGCGAAACGAUUGCAAAGAUUGCGCCGCUGAUGUGCACAAUCUGCGCAAAACGUUGGAAGAGAAAAGAAACUACAAAUUACGUGUUUUGUCAUCUCCAAGAAAAGAAGAUUUGUUUAGUCUUCUCAGUGACCAAGAAAAGUUGCUACAAUAUUUCAACUCGGAAGAUCAUGAACCGUCGGUUUUUGUCAUAUUUUUUCUGAGCUAUGGAUGUGACGAUGAGGGCAACAAUUUCAUUUUGGAGGAUAUCUAUGCCUCUUUAAGCAAUCUAAAAAGCUUCAGCAACUGUCUUAAGGUCUGCGUGUUAAACCGCUUUCAGAACGAGUUGAAUAGUUUGCCUAGCGAAAGCAUAGAAGACGGCCACAUUAGCAAUUCUCCUUUUGAACUUGACUCACAUACCAAAUCGAUGAAGAACUUUAUAGCUUUUUGCACAACGUCCGUUGUACUUACUGCUAAUGAUGAAGGUAAUGAUGGUUUAGGUUCAACGUUGGUCAACGCAAUUUGUGAGAUUCUUGACAACUUGGAUAUAUCUAUGGAAUUGCUCCAAUUUUUGACGUUAAUUCAAGGAAAAAUCAGAUGCGAAGAAACCAAUGCUGUAACACCAAAAAUUAGGGUGUUUUCUAAAACUGAAAAAUUUAUCAUCAGUCCCCUACCAAUAAGAAAAGAUGAGGCCGUGAGCUGCUUACUGGCGAAUAAAUCCGUAAAAUCGUUGGAACAUAUGCAUGUCAACAGCAACUUUCAUAAAAGGGAAAUGAGUGCUGGGGAGGCGAUCAGAAGUCGCUACUGGGCGUGCAUAAUCUACAGAAAAAUGAGCAAACAAGUGCGUCAGUUGAAUGAAAUGAUCUUAGAAAAACUCAACUUCAACACGAUGAUGGACGAGUGGAGGAAUGAUAUAUUGGAAACAUAUUCAGGACCUGAAGUAGAUCUUGUCAUGGCGUGUUUGUUUUGCUUUGUUGACAAACAAAACGAAAACCAAGAAAUUUGCCUUAAAAUAGAUCAUCAGGAGCAGUCCAUACCCAUAGCCACUAUCACACGCCAGUUGGUCGGCGGGUUGCAUACAAAGGUGAUAGGAAAACCGAAAAUCUGUAUUCUAAUUAAUCAAAACGUGGAAAGCUCUGGAACGGCACCAGAGAAAAAGAUGGCUAUAAGAGUAACCAAUCACAGUGGAUGGCUGGUUCUUGUUAUAGACGAACGUCACACAGAACAACUUAUCCACGUGCUCCAAGGAGAUACUCUGCAAAGAGGAAAAAGUCUUCAUGAACUUAUAGCUCCAUUGCUCGUUAAAGGUUCAACAGAUGAAUUGGACAGUGCUGCUCUGCUGAAAUCUACAGUGCAGUAUUUAAUCGACUCAUCCUCUAAUAAGUCAACCUUUUUUGCAAAGCCAAGUCUAACAGUAAAGACAGUAAAGGACUCUGGGAAUUCCUUUAAAAAUAAUAUUGGAUACAAUGAUUUGCUGAAAAGAGUGGUAAAAGAUGCAGAAAACCGUUCCGCCGUCGUCUGGUUGUUCAGUUCGAUUGCCGGAGGAGGAAAAUCGACAGUGCUGCAAAAAAUGGCCUAUGAUCUAGCUAACCAAAUGAAAAACAUAAGAAUUGUUCAAAUCUCGCUGGAAACAACAGCCCCUUAUUUCAAACUUGAUUGUUCGCCUGCUGAAUAUUUGGCUUGCGCAACUCACCAUUCAACAAAGGAGGCAAAAAAGUUAACUGAAUCAAAGAAAUUAAUAGUUUUUCUUGAUGGCUAUGAUGAAAUCAGCAGCACUGCUCGCGAUAGAACGUUGAGUUUAAUUGAGUGGCUCUGUGAGAAGAAACUAAUGAUUUUGGUCAGUGCUAGACCACGAGAGAUUCGCACUAUUCAAAAUAGGCUGAAAACAAGGCUUAUUCAUAUUGUUGAUAUUGAGCCGUUUAAUAUUUUCAAGCAGUUAGAUGGGAUGCAAAGGGUGUUGCGUAAGAGCAAAGGGGACAAAAAAUUGUUCCAAAAUGAAUUACGGAGCAUUUUUAUGCAAAGCUCUCAAGGAUCAUCCCUCGGCAGAGAUGAAUGCAAGACAACAGACAACUUGUAUUUGAUUUAUGAACAAGUCGUUCUUGAAUUUGUAAGAAAAGCAGUUGAAAACAGAUCUGACAAGGAAAAAGCAGCCCAGAGAAUUCUAGAUGGCUUGAUAUUGCACGCGUUCAAUUGUAUUACUGGACACACAAAAACUCAAGAAACCACGGAAAAGAAAGAUUUGGAAAGUAUGAAAAAUACAAAAAUAGUGAAAAUCGAUGGUGAACGUGUUACAUUUCUUCACCAGAGUUUUGCAGAAUUCCUCGCUUCCAAGUCGUUUUUGGAUAAAAUUGCGACAUCAAGUGAUUCUGACCUGGCACUAUUCAAGAAUUGGAACUUUGCACCGUGCAGAAAGUUCAUUAACUUGUUUUAUUCGUCGAUGAAAAAGGACCAACUUCAUGAGUGCAGCAAACAGUUACUCAGUUUUCUCGGUAAACAGCCUCGUUAUUGUUUGAAUACAAUUUGCGAAGAGGAUCUUGGACAAAUAUUUGCAAUGCUGGAACCUCACAUUUCUUUCGUUGGAGAUAGUGGAUUGUUUUAUGUGGCAGAUUGUGAACAGCUUGUAAUCGAUUCAGUAGGAAGUGAAGAUAUUGUAAUGCGGUUGUUACAGAGGGCGCCCAUAAUCAAUCGAAUUUGUCGCUUAUCUGUCGAAAAAUUGAUUGAGUUGUUGGACCGAGUUGCAAGAUAUAACGCAAUAGCUGUAUUGAAGAGGCUAAAAGAGAUAUUCGAAAAAUCCUCGCAGUCAUUGCCUGACAUGAUUCAAUCGCAAAAUGAAAAUAUCGACGCAGGGAUCACGGCUACAGAAAAUGGUCAUUACCAGAUUCUUGAUUUACUCUUAAAGAGCGGAGUUGAUGUCAACAUCACUUUAAUGUCGCGACUAUCUGGAAGAAAAACCAACGCUCUACACACAGCAUGCACAAGAGGAGACAUCAAUUGUUUCAAGAUCCUGCUUGAGCACAACGUUGACCUCGAACAGUUCUCCGCCGAAGACAGAAAGAUGUUUGGCACACAACCAGACAACAUAACCGAAGGAAGUAAUAUAGUUCACUUUGCUGCUUAUGUGGGUCUUAAAGACAUGGUCUCAAUUUUACACCAUCACAAUGCUGCGCUGAUCCACACAGAAAGCACUUAUGGAUUCAGCCCUCUACACUUUGCAGCUUGGAAACAGAAUUGGGAACUUUGUCUGUGGUUGGCAGAAGAAGCGGGAAUUGAUGUUGAAAUUUUGGACCCACGUCGUCGCUCUCAGAACUGUUUUGAAGGUUGCAGUUCUGAAAAAUGGACCAUGUUUGACUGGAGGGCACAAGAUUUCAUGCUGCUGCUGUGCGCGAAAAUAAGCUUUAAUAAAGGUGACUCAAAGAAACUAAAUUUGAUUGCCGACCGGAAAUUAAAGGGCGGACAAACAUUAUUGCACGCAAUGCAAGAAGACAAUAAGGAGAUGUGCACGUUUCUCAUUGAUAAAAACUGUGGAAGAGUCCAGGAUAUGGACGAUAAAGGGCGCACUGCCCUUCAUUUAGCUUGCAAAAAGCAUUUUAAGAGAGUUUGCGCGGUCUUGCUAAAAAAAGGAGCAAACGUAAAUUCUGUUGACUGCAAAGGAAGGACAACACUGCACUACGCUGCUAAAUACGGGGAGAGUAGCAUAGCGAAAUUGCUAAUUGAGAAUGGUGGAGAUGUAAAACAACAUGAUUAUUUCGGUAGAAGUGCUCUGCACUACGGAAAUAUAAUUUUGGCCUUGGCAAAUGAAGAAGACCAACUGCCGUCAUGUGACGCAAUACAACUGCAACCGGUCAUCCCAAGCUCCAAAAAGAUACUGUGCUUCAACAUCGCUUUUCACAGAUUGUUUACUUACCCCCCGAUAUUCAAUUUAAAAUACGGCUUGGACUUGGAAAUGUUUGUCGAAGCCGGGUUCUACUACGUUAAGGAAGAGAAACAAUUAAAUCCAAUUCUACGUUGCUUCUCAUGCGAUUUUGAAAUCGAAAUGAAAGAUUUUCAAGCCUGGAGAAACAUGGACGUUAAGAGUAUAUUAAAAAUGAAGGGUAACGAUUGUGAAAUAGGCGUCAGCAACACAGAAAACGUGCCCAUGAAAAGCUAUCACGUGCCUAAUUUUAAAUACGAAGCAGCUAGGCUUUUCUCUUUGCUUCAAAAAAAGAACUGGUCGUACGUAACACCUCUAGAUUUGGCCAAGAAUGGUUUUUAUUAUAGCGGCGAUGAUGACAAUUGCCGCUGUGCUUUCUGCAAUCUAGAAGUCAGAGGCUGGGAGGCGGGUGACACCGCUCGUGGUGAGCAUAAGCGUUGGAAUCCCAACUGCCUGUUCUUGAGAAACAUUCAAAAUAUUGACAACGUGAUAAUCGGCCAGGAAGCGGCUGUAGCAAAAAAGCCGGGUUACUUGAAAGGCAUCAGCGACCCAUUUUUGACCACCGAGAGCUUGAGCGAAUGUCUAGGAUCGCAUUUAUUACAAAAAGAGACAAGUUCUACAAAUACGACAGUCAGGAACCUCAACCUCAUGCUAUGGUCGACUUCUAAGCACCCGAAUUUCGCCAGUCUACUGAAGAGAACAGAGACGUUCAAGAAUUAUUGGCCGCUCAGCAUGGCGCAGACAGGGCACGAACUCGCAAGGGCUGGUUUCUAUUACACAGGCUCUGGAGACAUGGUGAUCUGUUUUCACUGCGGCAUCGGCCUUAAGGACUGGGACCGUGAGGACGAUCCAUUCAAACAACACGCCAAAUGGAGUUCUGCCUGCCAGUUCUUGCUUUUGUGUAAAGGGUCUCGCUCUAUAAAAAAUGUUUUGUUCGCUACCAAAGCGAUCAGUGACAAGCAACCGACAGUUGUUGAGAUUUUAAACUCACGACCAGGAGAAGCUAGCAUGCGCUGCAAGUUGUGCCAAAAUAAUUGCGUCAAAGUUGCCAAUCUACCGUGUGGACACAUCAAUGUUUGCGAGCGAUGUGGCGGAGAUGAAUGCUUGACAUGUGCACGACCGAUUGAAGGAACUAUUGAAAUAUUUUACUAAUGGAUGAAGGAUCUAUUGUUAUCCCUAUAUCAAUACACUGGAAUGGGUAUAUAUUAAAUAGCUUUUCCGCUCAGUUGAGCUUAGUGUUAUAAUCGUGUUUAAAUCUUUCAGUUUUUUGCUUUUUCGUUCAGUGUGCUUCUUUGUAAGUUGAGAUAGUAGCAUUGUAUAUCAUCAUUUGAUAGUUCAUAGAAAUGCAUUUCAAAUUAAGAUCAUAAUUUUGCUGUGCAUCAUGUGCUAAACACGUUUGCGAAUUUUGAAAACUUAUAUUUUUAUCUUUUGGCUCCUCACGCGUAUAGCACACAGGAUUUGCAAUGCAGUUUUAUUUUGAAACAAUUAAAAAAAAACUUAAUUUGAUUAUAUUAAUGACCUGUAAUUUACUAUACCCUUUAUGAAGUAAAGAAAUUAACGUUAAGGUUUGAUGGUGAAUUAUUAACUCUUGGAAAGUAGAUAAAAACCUUUGAAAAGGGGGUUGCAUCCCUAUAUAAGGUAAACAUUAGUAAUAAAUCGAGGUUUCAGUUUCAGCCAGCCGCGCUGUGUCGCGUUAGGCGGCAAAUUUUGGGUUACGUGGUCUCAGCCGCAAGUCACCGUGACUUUAGCCAAAGAUGCGCCGGCCACGCAUACCGCCGGCUGAAAAUUCGAAAAAAUACAUAAAAAAACUGGAGAAAAAAAGUCUCCAGUCCUCCGUGCCAUUUAAAAAGUUUGUCAGCCGCCACCGGGCCAAAAUUUGGCUGCAGCCAGUUGAGCUAGCCACGGCCUAAAAUUACGCGGAAGUGUGACCUCUAUAGUAAUUAAUAAGAUAUCAAACGAUUAUUACUUUACACUUGUGAGUAUUUUUUUAAGUUUUUGUUAAGAUUGAAAACAAAAAUAAUUUAAACGUAACAUUAGGACAUUUGCAGUAUCAUUAGCGUUUCUUGGUUUAAUGUUAUUUAUAAAGGCUAAAAGUGCUAUUUUUGGUUUUGAUUUAUCCACAUUUAGAGAUAUUAGCCAGCCGCGCUCCGCCACACCCGCCGGCUAUUUUUGGGUCAAGUGGGCAACCGCCAGCGACAUCAGCCGCACAAGUUAAAACGCUGAAAAGUAUAAAUUUUCCGCAGAAAAAAUUGGUCUCUGGCCCUUAGCACUAUCAAAAUUAAAUUAUAUGAAAUUCCUUCAUCUGCGCCAGCCUCCUGCAAAAAGGCAAAGCCGCCACCGCGAGGCUAACUUCGGCUCCAGCCGUUGCAGCCAGCCGCCGCCUAAAUAUUACGCGAUCUAUUUAUAGCUGGGCAGCUGGCCCAUAGUAAAAGUGGGUGCAGCACAUCACAGACAGUAGGAAAGGGACUAAAAAUGAAAACAGCGUUUUUGUUUCUGCCAAAGCAAGACUUAUUGUCUCGCAGGAGCAACCCAGCAGGCUACAUGAUCUGUUAAUUCAAUCUGAAUUGCACGUGACUAUAUGACCUCAGAAAAAUUUGGAUAAAUCGGCUUGAUAGCAGCAGGAUUCGCCACUAUAAAGUAUGAUCGCCGCCUCAGCCACGACUUACAAACAGACGCAGCAAGCUCCAAGACGCUUACAAAUAGCAGCAAUGAUGGAUGAGCUGCUUUCAAGAACACCAAGAGAUAAUCGGUCGCAGUCUGUUAUCAUCACAUCACGUCCACAGCGUAAUUCAAAGGCGCUAAAAACUUGAUGAAAAUACCACGACCAACAGCAGCCCACCUUCGCUUCGGAUAUUUCACACCUAGAACCACAUCCUUCGCUUUCGAUUGUUGAUUCAAGAAUAAAAUAUUAAUCACAUUGCGGAUGAGAAGUUACACAUAUACCCCUUAAGUGGCGCACAACCAGCCUCCAGUGACCCUAGACGGCUGAAUAAGCUUACAUUUCAAAGUGAUGUCAAUGUCGUGAAAAAUGAUUGGUAUUGUACGAAUUAGCAUUUCAAAUAUAUUGCAUAGAACUUAGUGUAUUGUUACAGUCAAUAUUUGAAUGAACACUAAAUAAAACAAUAUUGAAAAACAUCAACUGUGGGGGGUAAAAAUUGAAAGCAAUUCAU